AGUCGUGCAAACGAAAAUGGAGAACUUUCAUGAAAGAAAAAACUAGAAAUCAGAACUUUAACAAGGAAAUACAGAGAAAUGAAGAGAUUAGGGGAAUGCAUAGGGGAAUGCAUAGGGGAAUUAACCAAGUUCACUCUCCAAUCUCACAUUAACAAAUCCCUCGAUUUUGAGCUGCAACUUUCCCAUGACUUUUUCUCUAAUCUCCUCCUCGAUAAUGACGCCACUGAUCCCAAUCCAGAUAUUUUGAAAGGAGUUCCUUCAUACCCUUUAUACAAGCCUUUGGUAUUGUCUUUGAAUCAAUCCAUGGUUUCCGGGUUCAUUUGCAGCAAACAAGGGAAUUCAGCAUUGAUGUGUGAUGAGACUUAUGCUAAACAGAAGGAAGAGUGGAAUAAAUUAGUUUCAACUAAAGGACAUGAAUUGAUAAAUGAGCCCUUUUUCUCAAUGUUAAGAGAUGGCCUGAAGACAAUUGAAGGAAGGUGUGCAGGUGGAGAAUAUGAUAAUAUUGAACCAGGUUCUAUGAUCCUUUUGAACAAAUGUUUGGUGCUCGAAGUUCAGGAUGUUCAUCGUUAUGCUACAUUUUCUAAGAUGUUAGAGGUUGAAAGUUUUUCUCAAGUCCUUCCUGGAGUUAAAUCCACUGAAGAAGGCAUGCAAAUAUAUAGGGAAUUUUAUACUGAGGAGAAGGAAAGGUCUAAUGGUGUCAUUGCUAUCUGUGUUUCAAAUUUGGUGGCUCAGCCCUCUAUCUUGUUGUCCAGCAUACUAUCCAAACUGAGUUAUGAAGGGGUUCAAAGCCUUCUGGGUCUUGCACAUACUACUGGAACAAUUACUGAUGCACUCCCCCCACCAAAAUCAACACUUCUUUCUUCAUUUAUGUUGCCAUAUAACCCGGAUGUCAAAGGCAGUACCUUGACUCGUGGAGCUAGGGCUUUAGCUAAGCAUGUUGAUCGAAGUGGCAAUAAGUACUGGGGUAAUUUAAUUGGAAGUGUUCAUCGGAUUUCUAGAACCAUACAUGGAUGAUGGUCACUUAAAGGGAUGGAAACAUUGAUUUGAUUCAAGAAAUGUUUGCGUUGGUUUCGAAGAUUUAUAA